UUUGGAAUUUGAGUGAAGUGAAGUGACAUGAAACAUGGGGGAGUCCGCGUUUUCCGAAAAUGGAAAAUAUUAUUCAAUUAUUAGCCAAGACGGCCGGCUUAGGAUAUGGGAUACAGAAGCUAAUGUCCUGAAACAGGAGUAUACUCCAGACCUUCACUUGACGUCACCCCCUUCAUGUUUGAAAUGGAUAACUGUAGGCAUAUCUAGCGGACAACAAAAAAGUGGCAAGAGAAAAUCAUCAGAAAGCGAACAACAAUCACAAUGUAUUGCCUUAGGAACCGCCAGCGGAAAGAUUCUUAUAUACUCAGUGACUCAGGCUAAAGUAGAGCAUGUUUUAAAAGAAGAAAAACCAGGAACUUACAAUAGUUUCAUUACGUCGAUAGAUUGGCAAAGAAAAUACGGAUUAUUCAGCUGUAAUAAGUCGAAUCGCGUAUAUAAUUGGGAUAUAAGUGAUGGAAAAGUUAGAAAUAAGUAUAAUGUUAUAUUUGAUAGUAAGAAUAAACAAGGAAACAGUAUCAGCGCUAUAAAAAUUGUUCCCCAUACUUUGAAUACCCCAUCAAUAUAUUUAAUCACAGCAUCCUGGCAAGUCUGCCUGUGGAGGCUCCUCGAUAAUAAUGCUACCAUCGUAAGGAACCUUGGACACAACACUACGCAACAUGCGUUGCUGUCUCUGGCCUCGUUGAAGAAGAUCAGCUGGCUGGUGGUUGGAUCACAAAAUGAGCGUCUCCUCUCGUUCUGGGACGUGACAAUCACAGAGGAUCAGCUUCCUCAGCUGAACGGAGAACCAACAAGCAAAAAGCAAAGGAAACUAUCCAACGUGACCGCGUCACCUACAUACAACUUUAUACUUGAAGAUGCUCCAAGAUUUGUUGAUUUGACCGUGAAGGAAGAGUUGAAUGGGACCGCACUAAACAUUGGUGCGGCCACUAGGAGUGGUGUCUUGCAUUAUUAUAAUCAUAUGCUAAACGGAGCGUCAUCGAAGCCGCUCAAGCCGUCAGUGACGAUACAAGUGACGUCACCCGACGCGCACCCCAUGGCAGUGCAAUGCUGUCGGCUGUCUGACUCCGACAUGUUGGUGGGAUAUAGCAACGGACCUGCUACGCUUUUUGAGAGGAUCACACCGGAAACAAAAACCAAAACGCAAGUGUUAAUUCGCGGCGAGAGUGCGAAGAAGCGACGAUCAAGCGCGAGCGCUCUCGACUCUCAGAGACAGGAUGACGUCAGCUACGCGACGCCGGCGGCGGCCGGGAGGAAGAGGAACGCUUCCGGGGGACAGAUAGAAGUACCAAUGGAGGCCCGUCUGGAGAACUUGGCGCUGGAUCCAAAGAGCAGAAGUAAAACUGCCGUCAACCAGAAUCUGACGAAACUACUCAUGCAGGGACUUCAUUCUAAGGACAGAGAACUAAUCCAAACGGUGCUGCAAAAAGACGAUCCGGCCAUAGCUAACCGCACCGUCGCUUCGCUGCCAGUGGACUGCUUGCACACACUGUUGCAAGAACUCGUUGUUAUGGCCAAUGGAAAGACAAAUCAAUGCGCGCGCGCGUGCACGUGGACGCAGGCGACGCUGCGCGCGCACGCGGGCGCGCUGCUGGCGGGCGCGGCCGCCGGCCGUCUGCAGCUGCUGCUGGCCGUCUUCACUGCGCGUCGGUCUCAACUAUGUCAACUGCUCAAUCUCCGCGGCCGACUGGAGCUCACGAUGUCACAGCGCCAGCGGCCGGGGGACACUGCGCAAGAUGCUGUGCUUGAAUACAAUGAUGACUCGUCAUCAGAAGACAUGGAAAUAGAGAAAUACCAUUCUGACAGCUCUCAGUCGUGGGACGACGAGAGAGAUGAGAAACAAGAGAUAGAAGAGUCAGAUGAGGAAUAAACGUUUUUAAUUUUA